AUUGUGGACCGCCAUAACACCAUAAACGAAGAAACCGUAGUAAAAAAAAAAGUGUCGUCACCAAGAGCAAUUUCCAUGUUAGCUUUUUUAAUUGUUGUUAGAUGUUUAACACCCUGGAACUCAAAAUAAGAUUAAUUUAACCGCAUAGCAUCACAUGCUUACUCCAGCUAUUAUUUAAAUUUCAUUGGAGACAGGACUUGGAUGUGAACUAGGUAACGCUAGCUAGCUGCUAACGUUAGCUAAAAAUGGCUAACUGUAUGGCUUUUCACAGUCAAAUGGCAUCCAUCAUGGAGGUGCUAGCGAAUGCAGCCGUGGCAGAGAUCUGUAAACUCGUAGAUGACGACUACGCAGUGUUUCGUUUGGAAAUAACUCAAAGCCAGAAAGAAAACAAGGCAUUGCGGAGGAAACUACAGCAACUGGAAAUUAAGGUGGCACGGGACCGGGCAGAGAGGACAAUGCGAGAUCGCGUCCUCGCCAGUCCCAGUAGUGUCAAGAUCCUCGACCGAUACAGAGGAAAGGCAAAAGGUGAAGGACAUCACACUGGAGGCCACAGGAACUUUGUGAAGCCAGCAGGACACAAUACAUGGAGAGAUGACCAACCAAUCACUGUUGAUGAGGGGAUAGGAAACACAACCCAUCAUGUUAUAGAGUCUGCAGAGGCUGAAGGUCCUGGGGUCAAGCAGGAAAAGUCUGAAGGAGAGGUGGACCCACGGCACAGUAGAAACAUCCAGACUGGAGCGGCUGGAGCGCCCCCUGUAGCCACGGAGAACCCCACCACCGCCCAAGAGCAGUCCAGGACCCGACGCAGCAUCAUGGUCAGUGGAACGCUGAACGCCAUCCUCAAGUCAGAGACAGACACCAAGACCUUAACGGGGCUGAACCGACUGGGCUGUCCUCCUGCUCCACGCUCAGAGUAUUUACUUUAUGGCAAUACAAGCCCGAGAACUGUUCUGUCCCAUCGGGACUCAGGUGACACUUUACAGACUGUCAAUGACCCAUCCUGUUCAUACACUACAGAGAUGAUACCUGGUGACAUGCCUGUGGUAUUAGAUGCACAGACUAAUCCAAUGAAAGUGGACUGGAACCAGUACAGUAGUAGUGGAUACUCUGAAGGGUGCCUAGAUAAGAAAGGUGAGAGCCUGGUCGUAGAUGAGGUGACUGUGAAAGUGGAGGGCGACGCUCCUCUGACAUGGAAUGGAUACGAAACUCACUUAGGAGAAGGACACUCACAAGGCAACACCAUUGACUUCUUAGACUACAAGGAAAGCUUAGAGACAAAUCUAAAUGUCAUGACCCACUCCCCUUUACACACGUUUACACACGAUCCAUUAUCCAUGUCGAUGGGGCCCUCCGAUUCACACAGGGAACAAAUGGCCAAGGCGCGAGGAGAGGGAGCCACAUCGGGCAAUGGUAAAGAGAAACGGUUCCUUUGCAUGUUCUGUAACAAAGGCUUCAGCUGCCCCCAGAAGGUGGACAUCCACCAGAGGGUCCACACAGGGGUGAAACCCUUCAGUUGUACCCAGUGUCACAUGCGCUUCGCCCAGGCAUGCACCCUCAAGAGGCACCAGAGGGUCCACACAGGGGAGAAACCCUUCAGCUGUACCCAGUGCCACAUGCGCUUUGCCCAGGCUGGUGACCUGAAGAGACACCAGAGGGUCCACACGGGAGAGAGGCCUUUUGCCUGUGCACACUGUGGGAAGAGGUUCUCAGAGAAGAGCUACCUCAGGUUACACCAGCAGAAAAAACACUCCACUCUAACAAACACUUUUAUAUCAAAAGACAAAGAUUUAUUUUAGUUGUCAUCAUAAAAUAUCCACAGAUGCAUUUGGAUAUUCCUGGGUAUAAUAUUACAUCCAGCUAUUGUGUGAUAUAUAAGGCAUAGUGCCUACAGUGCAUUUGGAAGGUAUUCAGACCCCUUGACUUUUUCCACAUUUUGUUACGUUACAGCCUUAUUCAAAAUGGAUUAAAUUGUUGUUUUCCCUCAAUCUACACACAAUAACCCACAAUGACAAGGCAAGGACAGGUUUAUAAAUGUUUGUAUAUGUAUUAAAAAUCCACUGAAAUUUCACAUUUUUACAUAAGUAUUCAGACCCUUUUUACUCAGUACUUUGUUGAACACCUUUGGCAGAAAUGACAGCCUCAAGUCUUCUUGGGUAUGACUCUACAAGCUUGGCACACCUGUAUUUGGG